GGCUACAGAACUGCGAAAUCGCGAUGCGCGCCGCGGGCUAAGAGGACGACGCGGAAAGAGAGGACGCCGGUUGACUGGCGUGAGAAAAAGGGACCGACGACGGGAGAAACGUAAGGGAGCACGACGAAGUCAGGAAACGGCGGGUGUCGCUCGAAGGCGAAACCCAGAGGGUGGAUGGACUUUCAUUCCUCGGGAAGAUCUUCUCGUAGCGCGAUUACGAGUCCCCGGGAUGCAAGGCUGACAUGGCGGAGGGUUCGGCCGAGGAGGAACAGAGCAGUACCGCUGCGCCCGCUUCCCCGCCAGCUGAUCUUCGCACUCUGAACACCCAAUUGUCGCCGCCUUAUCACCACCAGCCCCAUCUCCAGCCUCGUCUUCAGCAUCUGCAGCAUUCCAACAUGCUGGCGACCGCCGUACCGCCCCGGCACAGCCACAGUAUGCUGUCUCAUCAGGUGAAAGCGGAGGCAGAGCUGGACGCCCCCUGCGAUUUGCCAUUGAAUCUCAAGAGCGAGGAGAGCGACAGGAGUAGCGCCGGAAGUCCCGAGCCGGCGACAGGUGCACUCCACGAGCACCAAAUGAUGAUGGAUGACCUGAAGAAUUCACGGAAGAGACGACGGAGCCCAUCACCCGAAAAUCUUCAUCAAGCGAAGCGCGCGGCGGUAGCGCAAGCUCAUCUAAACGGGACGAUGGCCGGCAUGGUGACGCUCCAGAAUCUGCAGAACUUGGCGAAUCUGCAAAAUCUCCCGCAAGUCGCGUCGUUGGCGGCCGGGCUUCAAGGAAUGACAGCGGGACUGACCAACAAUCAAUUGAUCAACACUCCCUUGAACUUGACCGUCAGCUCGUCGGGCGGAACGGUACCAACAGCCUCGAGUACGACGGCGGCCCCUCAUCUUCUGCCACCUAGUUCAGCCCCAAUGGCGACGUUACCUCAGCUAUUAUCUCAACCGCAACCAGUCGCGAUGCCUCAAUUCAUCCUAACGUCCGGUCAAUUGGUUCAGGGCAUUCAGGGGGCUCAGCUUCUUAUCCCCACUUCACAAGGCAUCGCUACCCAGACCAUCCUGACCAUACCGGUCAGUCACGUCACGAACAAUCAGAUGGUGAACUUGGCGCUGAGUAAUGGACAGGUAGUUUCCACGACGCUGGCCAACCUUCAAUCCCUAGCUCAACCGCAAAACAUGCUUAACACGCCCACGAACAACGUUCCCACGAGCCCCAGCCUGGCAUCGGGAUUAGGACUGAACCCUGCCGCUUUGCCGCAUCUUCUGAGCAAUAGCUCGGCGAGCCAACAACUUCUGAGCGCGAUGCAGCCUCAGCAACUACUUCAGGCUGCCCAAGCGGCGCAGGCACAAGCGGCGCAAGCCGUACAGGCCGUUCAGGCUUCUCAGCAACCACUCCUAACGACAUCGCCUCAGCAGCACAGCCACCGACACACCUCGCAUAUGAAUCAUUACACACCGACGGAAAAACAUCACAGAGAGAGGCUGGAGCAGUCGUCGCCUUUGAACGAAUCCGUAGUGUCCGCGGCAUCCGCUUUGAACAGAUUGGCCGCCAGUAAUGGCGAGAUUACUAUCACGACGACGCAUGGACCUGGCGGUGCCGGAAUAAAAGCUUCCCCCAGCAGUAUGCACAGUCCGAAGGAGGAGGAGGAUGAUCUCUUGAAUGAUUCACCGAACCAGCCAACGAUUAACGAGGCCACUAACAACGUGGUCGAUGGGAUCAAUUUGGAUGAGAUCAAGGAGUUCGCCAAGGUGUUUAAACUGCGCAGACUGUCUCUGGGUCUGACACAGACCCAAGUUGGGCAGGCCCUGAGUGUCACCGAGGGGCCCGCGUACAGCCAAAGUGCCAUAUGCAGUGCCCUGGCUACCCAGAUGUACGCUGCCUCGCAGAUUGCCUCUCAGCAGCAAGCUACAUUUGAAAAGCUGGACAUUACGCCGAAAAGCGCGCAGAAAAUUAAGCCCGUACUCGAGAGGUGGAUGAAGGAGGCGGAAGAGAGUGCAUGUGAUUACAGGUAUAAGAGCGGCGUUAAUCAUCUGACGGACUUCAUCGGGGUCGAGCCGAGCAAGAAGCGAAAACGGCGGACCUCCUUCACGCCGCAGGCUUUAGAAUUGCUGAACGCACACUUUGACAGGAACACUCACCCUACCGGCAAUGAGAUCACGACCCUGGCGCAUCGGCUGGGAUACGACAGGGAGGUGAUAAGGAUCUGGUUCUGCAACAAGAGGCAAGCUCUGAAGAACACGGUGAGGAUGAUGUCCAAAGGAGUCGUAUAGGGAAGAAGUACAUCCACCGAUCAAACGAGCAACAUAUGAGAAAAGCUUCAAGAUACGGGCGACGAGGAGGAGCGCGUCUCGUGAAGCUUUUCGAAUUGCCACGUCUCUUCGCGCAGAAUAAAACGAGCAGGAUCGCGCACGAGGCCGAUACUUCCGUGCACCGUUCCGGAAUAAAGAAAAAGAAAGAGAGAAAGAGGCAGAAGGAGAGGGAGAGGGGGAGAGAGAGAGAGAGAGAGAAAGAGAGAGAGAGAGAGAGAGGCGCGAUUAUUGAAUUACUAUUAUCAAGCCGGCACGGGAAGAUCGUUCCAGAUCGCGCGAGCGGAGUCCUUCGAAUAUUGUGAUCGCAGGUGUAUACGAGGUCUAUAUGUAAAUAGCUUUAAUCUACGAAUAUGUGAUGUAUACAUGAGUCGAAUAUCGAGAACUGAUAAUCUAAAAUCGUUGUCUCUCUCAUUUGGUACCAAUUCGUCGCGCGCUUCCAAUUUUCAUAGAUAUACAUCUAACGGAGAGCACUGACUAGCUGAUCCAAUUUCGAGUUUCGAGCGAGGCAGUUAUCGACAAUUGGUAAGCAUUAACGAAUCGACGGACGUAAAUACCUCGACGAUCGAGAUUACCGCGGGGCCGUUUAUCAUGCAACGAUGGAAAAACCGCUUCCAGACUUUUCUAAUUAAUUGCAGUUGCUCGAUCGCGCGCGGACAACUCGUCGGGAUACGUACGUCUAUCGGAACACGUUCCAUCUAUCUACCUAUCUAUCUAUCGAAACCGGGCGGAGAGAUACUAUAUUGAUCGUCGCACACAGAUAAUAAUGAUUCAUAGAAAUUCAACUAUCUUCACAAAACGAAACCGUAAUUUACCGUGAGCGAGGGAAAGGAAAAAGAGCGGUAAGGCGGCACGCGAGCGCGACGUGCGUUCCGCGGCGCGAGCAGCAGCUCGCAGAUGCAAUCGAUACAUAAUCGACUGGCGUAACUGAUCGAAGCAAACGCACUCAAAAUCGUAACACACUCGAAGGGCGGCAAUGUAAUCGCGCGCGGCGAAGAACCGCGACCGAGUCCGAUCGUGGAGAUAUCCUGAAAUAUCAUUGUUGCUCGUUGAGUUGCGCAAAAAAGUAACGAAAAAAAAAAAA